AGAAACUAGAAACCAAUAGUAGAAGAAGAGAGAAAAACUGCAAAAAAAAAAAAAUCUUAAUCCCCUUCACAGCAUUCAAUUCUCAAGCUAAAAUGGCUAUUCAAUAUCCACCCAGACAUGGGAUAAGUUCGCGAAGACCAAGCCCAACAACCAUUUCUUCUUUCUCCUGUGUCCUUUUUGUUCUCUGAAAAUCUCUUUUCUCCAUAACUUAGCUGUUUUCCAGUACAAAACUUUUCUCUUGCUUUUUAUUUCAAAUACAGUAGUACUGAAUACUUUGUACUUUUGUAGAGUAUUUUCGCCUUUUCAACUUUCACUAGUCAAAAAAUCAUCCUCUUCAUCAUUUUCUGAUUUUCUCCUUCCCCUGCCUAUGUUGUUUUGAGUACUUUCAAACAAGUUUUGAAUAUAUUUUAGCUCAAUAGUGCUCUCAUCCCACAUAACUUCUCUGCCUACUUUCAUCAGAAGUUGGAUUCUGCUGAUUGUGCCAUUGGUAGAAGAUCUUGAUCAAUAAGUGAAUUUGGACUUCAAUAUGGCUGAGGAUUCCAUCAGAGGCUUUGAAGCGUACCUGGUUGAAUGCAGUGGUCCUUUCUCGAAUGCUUUGUCUGAGAUGGGUUAAUGUUAACUUUUGACACCAUAUCUUUCUUGAGUUUGUUUGGGAGGAGAUAGGAGUGAGAAGUAUGAUGGCUGGCACGAGUGAAAUUGUUCAGUCCGUGGAAGAAGUUGAUUGUGAAAACAGAUUAGAUGAGAAUGGUUUUAAGGACAAGGUAUUGAGAACUGGGCACAAGUAUUCUAUAGAGGAUGAUAUCAGCAAGCUUUUUGAGGCAAUAGAUAUUAAGAAUUCUCGUAGGGCUUCAGGUCAAUCGGAAGGCCAUUUUAGAGAUGGAUUAGAUAAGAGUGCCAUGAAAAGACCAAUGCGAGUUGGUUCUGCUCAGGCAUCUGGUAUUGGAAUUUCGGAGUCCACAAGUUUGAAGCAGGCACUAAGAGGAUUAUGCAUCUCUCAGGCAUCAGAGAUGGCUGCUUUGAAAAAACGGCUGGCAAAAACUGGUAUGUCUAGGCACUCAGAAGCAGGAAAUAUAAAGAGACUUUACAGGGCUGUAGUUGUUGAGGCCGGUGAAUCUGGUUAUCCACUUAACCAGGGUCGAGGAAAUUUGGUGGAGAUAUCUCUUGUUCCAGAAAGCAGCACAUCAUUGAAUCUUGUUGGCAACGCACACACAUCUGAGCAUAUGAACAAUAUUGAACUUUCAAAUUAUCAUGCUAGCUCCUCUACUCUUUCAGCAGAUGAAUUGAGACGAAAAGAAGAGUCGACUGAAACACCAGCUAAAGGUGAGAUGGUUCCUUUGUCAAUUUGCAGUGACCUUUCUAAUGCAGAAUUAGAAGAGAAUAAGAAAUUGAAAGUGGAGCCUUCACCAAUUGGCCCUUCUGGUAACAAAAAACUUCAGAUGCUUGAUGAGCUUGUUCCUGUAUCAAUUGGAGUUCCAGAUGCACCGUUUUGUCCAGACAAGGAGCAGGAAGAAAAGUUCCACUCUGCUUCUUGUUCAUCAGUUUCAAGCGCAAACAAGGCAAUCAAAUCAGCAGCCAAUAGUCCACGCUUAAUUAAACCACUUUUUAGGGGCAAAAAUUUUGUUAUGAAGAAACUUAUGUCCAACUCAUCCACUCUGUCCAGUGGUUCCUCUCAAUGUAAUAGUGAAGAAGUUUGCCGGACCCCUGACUCUGCCUUUAGAAAUGGGCCUGAAGAAAAUAUGGUUUCCCUAGAAAUAUGUAGUACGAGUGCAGAGGUGAGCUCAAAGUACGUGGACUCCAAUCCUACAAAUUCAGGUCUCGCUCCAAACAAUACUAAAAGAACUAAAAGUCAAUUUAGGCAGGCUGAUGAAAGAUCAGGGUCAAGGGAGAAGGGAGAGAUAUCACAAAGUUCGAAAAGUAGCAUUGGAGACUACAGCAGUACCACGAGCUCUAGUGAAGAAAGCUAUCUCAGUAGAUCAAGCCGAAGUGGCUAUCGGCCUCACAUGUCAAAGGACUUGAGAUGGAAAGCUAUUCAUUGUAUUCAGAAGCAGCAUGGAUACCUAGGCCUCAAACAUUUCAAGCUGCUGAAGAAGCUUGGUGGGGGGGACAUUGGGAAUGUCUACCUUUCUGAACUAAUUGGCACAAACUGCCUAUUUGCUGUGAAGGUUAUGGAUAAUGAUUUUCUUGCCAGCCGUAAGAAGACGAAUAGAGCUCAAACUGAAAAAGAGAUAUUGCAAAUGCUUGAUCACCCAUUUCUCCCUUCCCUCUAUGCCAAUUUUAGAACAGAUAAAUUCUCUUGCCUAGUUAUGGAGUACUGUCCAGGUGGAGAUCUGCAUGUGCUCAGGCAAAAGCAAUCCAGCAAGAGUUUUGCUGAACAAGCAGCCAGGUUUUACAUUGCUGAAGUUCUUCUUGCAUUGGAGUAUCUUCACAUGCUUGGAGUUGUGUACCGUGACUUGAAACCUGAGAAUGUUUUGGUCCGAGAAGAUGGUCACAUUAUGCUCACAGAUUUUGACUUAUCGCUAAGAUGUGCAGUAAAUCUCACAUUGCUUAAAGCAUCGUCACCUGUUGUGGAGCCUCCAAAGAGGAUGCCAAGUCCUCCCUCAGAAUCCAGCUGCAUAGAUCCUUUCUGCCUUCAUCCAUCCUGGCAAAUGUCCUGUUUCAAUCCCAGAUUUCUAUCUGCUGCAUCGAAAACUCGUAAGCUAAAAUCUGAGCUAGCUGCCCAGGUGAGUCCUCUACCACAGCUCAUAGUGGAGCCUACUAGUGCACGAUCGAACUCCUUUGUUGGAACACAUGAAUACUUGGCUCCAGAGAUCAUAAAGGGUGAAGGUCAUGGGAGUGCAGUAGAUUGGUGGACCCUAGGAAUUUUUGUUUAUGAGCUUUUAUAUGGUAAGACGCCUUUCAAAGGGGCAAGCAAUGAUGAAACAUUGUCCAAUGUGGUAUCUGAGUGUCUCAAGUUUCCAGCAGGUCCCAUGGUCAGUUAUCAUGCUAGAGAUUUAAUCAGACGGCUAUUACAGAAGGAGCCGGAGAACAGGUUGGGUUCUGAGAAAGGGGCAGCUGAGAUAAAGCAGCAUCCGUUUUUUGAAGGCCUGAACUGGGCUUUAAUACGCUGUACUACACCUCCUGAGGUGCCAAAAUUUUGUGAGUUCGGAAGUUUGACUCCUGACAUGGCAUCACAUGAUAAGGAGAUUAGCAAGUUUGUGAAAGAAAAAGGAUGUAGGACGAUAGGAGAGGAUAUAGUGUUUGAUAUGUUUUAGCACAUACAUAUUUAUAGGUUUGGGAAGCAAUAGCGAUGGUUUUUCCUUCUUAACGGGGCUUUCUCA